UGAUUUGAAAGUAUACCUCGCUAACGCCGUUCCAGCAGCUUCUGGGAAGGAAGUGCAAAGCGAAUGCCAGCCCCAUCAACGCAGGCAAGCUUACACCUCCACCCGAAUCUCGGCCAGACCCAGCACCCUCUGAAGGGCCGAGCCCUCGUCGCAGCCAAUGGCCCCAUUCGCGCUGGCGAACUCGUCAUGGCCGACGUGCCUUACGCCGUUUUGCCCACCGUCACAGCCGAUGACACUAUCUGCAGCAACCCCGGUUGUAGCCGACGGAUCCCCGGCUACGCCAGUAGCAUGACCUGCGAACACAACUGUUCUCCAGCCGUGCGGUGGUGCAGUCCCACCUGCAAGCACCAAGACCGCCGUCGGCAUGGUUUCGAAUGCGGCUGGCUGAAGCACAAUAGUCCGGAACUCCGCCAGGUGAGUGACCACGAUUAUCACAUGCUCUGGAUUGUGGUCCGGAUGCUAGCCGCCCGAUCCUUAGAGCUGGAGCAGGAGAUGGGUGAGAAUGAGCUGCCAAACGACGUGUUCGCCAGCGGUUGGCCCGGUGUGCAGCUGCUUCGGAGUAAUCGACAAGCGUGGCCAACGGCCCAGGUGCAACACUGGAGGGAGCUGGCGCGCAACUACCUACAGGGAGAUGACUGCGGGUUGCCGGUAACCCUAGAUCUGGAGAGUCUGGUGGAACUGAUCUGUGCGGAGGAGACGAAUGUGUUUGAGCUCUGUCCCGGACCGACAGAGAUGAACCGAGGGGAGCCGUAUGGACUCGCGGUGUUUCUGCGCGUGACGAUUGCAAAUCAUUCGUGUGUGCCAAACGUGAGCCAUCAAGCGGAUGGGCAGGGGCGGAUGAUAGUGACGGCGCUGAGAGAUCUGGCCAAGGGCGAGGAGUGUUGUACCUCGUACUUUGACCUGGCGGAAUCGGUGGACGUGCAGGCGCGGCGCGAGAAGACGGAGGGGUUGUUUACUUUUACUUGUACAUGCUCGAGAUGUCUGGCAGAGACGGCCACAGUAGCUUAGGUGAAGAAACCGGAUGAAUCAAAAGUUGAUCUUGUGUAAAUUCGUG